GUGUCAUCAUGUUACACUCAGUGGUCUUUUUGAACGUCAUGUGACCUCUGACCUCUCAUCAUGAUGAAUAACUCAGAGCUUGUUCUUCAGCUGCAUGGCCUCAAUGACUCUCUUGCCAACCGCCACAUGUACUUUGUGCUUAGUCUGACCGUGUACAUGUUCACCAUCUUUGUGAACGUGAUUCUCAUCGCCACUGUGUGCAUGGAGAAGAUGCUACAUGAGCCCAUCUACAUUUUUCUGUGUAACCUAUGUUUCAAUGGGAUUUGUGGUGCAUCCAGCUUCUACCCAAAGCUGUUGCAGGACCUUCUCGCCGACUCGCACAUAAUCACGUACACGGGCUGCCUCACGCAGAUAUUUGCCGUGUACUGUUACGUCUUCUGUGAGUUCACCAGCCUCACCGUCAUGGCGUACGACCGCUACGUGGCCAUCUGCAGGCCACUGCAGUACCACAUACUCAUGACGCCACAGAGGGUAGCACAGAUGCUGCUGCUCACGUGGUGCUUCUCGAUGCUGGAGACUGUGGUUGGGGUGAUACUGACCGCCAGGCUGCCUCUCUGUGGACAACACGUGCGCAAACUCUACUGCACCAACUGGGAGGUGGUGAAGCUGUCGUGCAAUGCGGACAUCGCCAUCAACAACGUGUACGGCUUUGUGCUCAUGUUCUCACACCUGUUGCAGACCAUACUCAUCCUGCUCUCUUACAUGCACUUGGUCCGCGCGUCGCUGCGCUCACACUCGGACCGCAGGAAGUUUAUGCAGACUUGUCUGCCCCACCUCAUCACGCUGCUCAUCUUCACAUUGUCACUAAUGUUUGACAACCUGUACUCGCGCUACGGCAGCGUUCAUGAGCUGAUGCUGCGGAACCUGAUGUCUGCAGAGUUCCUGGUGGUCCCACCGCUUGUCAACCCCAUCAUUUAUGGUAUCAACUUGCAGCACAUCCGCUCCGGGAUCCUGCACAACCUAGGCCUCAGACCGAAGGCCUUGCUAACACACACCUGAGCAGAGUCACACCACAGUCAGAGAGGAAUUAAAACAUUCAGCAGCCUCCACUCUGAAUACUUUAUGUAGAAAUUAUGUCAAUAGAUGAAAGAGCAGGAACAAAUAAUAAUCAGGAAUAACAAACCAAUUUGACUUUUUAAGAAACUGCUUAAUCUGAUCUAUUUUGACAACAGACAUUUUAUAUAAAAAGUUGUUAUUCGAGGAUAAACUUUUGUUUGUGGGAUAUAUCUGGUUGUCCAGAUCUUUAAUUUCAGCAGUUUAAUAAUGUGAUAUUCUGAACAAGUUUAAUACCUGCUUUAAUCUUCUGGUGUUAAAAUGUGAAUAAUUACUCCUGGAUUCUGUUUUUUACUGUGGUUUCUCUAAAAAGAAGUACAGUUAAAUACUGUGAACAAUUCUCUGUUCCAAAUGUUAUACCAUGAUAGAAUAAACUUAGCUCUCUUCCUCUAAAUAUCCUCUAUUCCUCCUCCUAUUAUGUCAAGGAAGUGACUUUCAAAAUCAUCCAUUAAUUGUAUCCCUCACUGGUUUUUUUUAUGCUGACAUUUUAUGUGGACACUCAUGUGAUUCCUAUCAGACCUAGAUUGUGAUGUUUGCUUUUGUCCCCUUUGAUAAAAAACAAAACAAAGCAAUACUUCAUAAUUAACGUGGCUGUUAUUCAACAAACCACAUGUUCAAAAAUCCAAAUAUAGUAACGAUAAAUCAUUAGCUUUUAUUGAAACUUAAUUGUAAUGAAGUAAUUCGACACCCCCAAAAUAGAAAAGUGAUCCGAACCCUUGUGCUGUACAUUUUUAUGAUUAUUAUUAGUCUAUGAUCGUAUAUAUUUGGUUUGUUUU